GGCAGUCUGCAACCACUUCUUUCUUUUUGCACCCAAACACUGAAAUUGAAACAAGUUGACGAGCCCUUGGUAAAUCUUUCCUCGGCCCGUAUCUUGUUUAGUUUCGAUCGUUGGUCCUAAACCAUGGCUGCUACCGCGGCCAGGCAAGCUGCUAUUCCGGCGGCCGACCUGCAGUCGUUCUCAGAGUAUCUCAAAGGAAGCACCAGGAUCCUCGCACUCGUAGGAGCUGGACUGUCUGCUGCCUCGGGUCUCCCGACAUUUCGGGGAGCAGGGGGUCUCUGGCGGUCUUAUGACGCGACGGCCCUGGCGACACCAGAAGCCUUUGAGCAGAACCCCGGCCUGGUCUGGCAGUUCUACAGCUAUCGGAGACAUAUGGCGCUCAAGGCAAGGCCAAACCGGGCUCACUAUGCGCUAGCAGAGCUAGCGAGGAGGAACAAGAACUUUGUCACCUUGAGUCAGAAUGUUGACGGUCUAUCUCAAAGAGCGAACCACCCAGACGAGCAGCUUCAUUUGCUCCAUGGAUCGCUUUUCGAUGUGAAAUGCACCGCCUUCUACUGCGACUACGUUCGUGGAAAUGACUUCACUGAUCCGAUCGUUCCUGCGCUUGCCAUUCCGUCAAAUAAACGCGAACCAGUGCCUUCAGCGACAGACAAGACCGGUAGGGAAGCAACUCAAUCAUUGUUUAGUGCACUGGAGCAGAAAAGCGCGGAGAGCAAGUCGAAAGAACAACAACAACAGGAGGAGGAGGAGGAGGAGGAGGAGGAGGAGGAGGUGGUGGUGGAAGAAGAAGCAGAUAUCUCGGAUGCGAGCGUCUUUAUGCCCGAACUCAACCCCCAAGAUCUUCCCAAAUGCCCGCAAUGCAAAGACGGAAUGCUUCGACCGGGUGUGGUUUGGUUCGGUGAGCCUCUACCUUCCCACACCAUGGAUGCUGUAGAUGAGUGGCUGGACAAAGCUCCCAAGGUUGACCUGGUCCUGGUAAUUGGCACCAGUGCUCAGGUGUGGCCUGCGGCAGGAUAUGUUGAUAUAGCACGGAGCAAAGGCGGGAGAGUUGCAGUCAUCAACAUGGACCGUAAAGAUGUCCCUGGCGGAUCGAAUGGCAUGAAACGCGGAGAUUGGUUUUUUGUGGGCGAUGCGAGUGAUAUCCUCCCAGAAAUACUCAAGCCUGUGAUCGGAGAGAUCAAGAUUUAGGUAUUGAGGCCCAUGACUUACAGGUGUUGAAUGAAUCAAAAUGAUAUUGCAGUCCGACUGUCCUGAUUCAAAAAGGAGGCAGCAUUCACAGUAUAUCAUCAUGAUGACUAGAUGUAGAUGACAAAAUAAAG